GAACCCCCCCCCCCAACUCUCCGCUCUUAUCAACCCUUCCAGCCAGCCAUCCAUCCCAGAACGCCAGAACGCUGGCUCUCACCUCCGGAAAGUCAAAUACUUAGGACGAAUUGCUUUCGGAAUCAACAAGGUUUUCAACGCCGAGAAAAAGCCCAUUCCUGUCCUUUGUCAGGAUGUCGUCCCCCCGGGUGUACGACAAUGGUGAGGGAUCCUCGUUCCAGCGUCACCGUUCAUCCUCGCCGAUUUCCACGUCCCCAAUGCGCUCCGGGUCUCCUGCUGCAGAUAUGAGGCACGCUUCUAUCGCGCGUCUAGCAUCGCCAAUUCCCUCUCCCUCGAAUUCUUAUUCGUCUAGGCAAUUACCGCUGCCCGUUCAGGUCCAGGUGACAGCAGACACCGACAGAGACCUCCGGAGAGUCGACAAUCCAUCCUCCUUGCCGGGUCCAGGACAAUCCAUGAUUGCGUCUGCUCUCCAGGAUAACCUGGGCCGGUCGCCGCCUCCCCGGGUAGGAACCCCUCCGAGACGAACCGCGUCCCCUGCGCUCUUCAACCAGUCUGUGAGGUCGAAUUACGGCUCCUUCGAUAACAACCCUGGAAGAGAGGGUUCCGAAUAUUCGGCCGGCCCGUUCGAGGACCCCGAAGUUGUGAAAAGGCACCUGGUACAACCUCAAAUUGGCAUCGAGAAUCGCGAUAUCCAUUCUUCAGGGGGCGCUACCAGCAAUACCGAGGACGAGUUCUCCAGCUUGCAACUCCAGGGUGGUGAUAUAACCCGACAAGUCUACAGAUGGGCGGAGGACGCAGAAUCGGGAAACUCAUUGCGCAAACCGCACCGCAGCAGGAGCUUCAGCUAUGCUCGUCCUGCGCCUGAAGAUGACACGAUGAAUAUAAACAGCAUCCGCGUGCCAGGAGGGUUUCGGAGGGACUACCUGCGAAGGGCUGUCGAUGUGGAUGGCUCGGGAUCGCAGGUGCCUGUUGCUCAGCAGUUUCCGACCACCAGCUUUCUCGAAUUUCUUACACUUUACGGUCACUUCGCUGGUGAAGAGCUUGAGGAGGAUGACGAGGUCCUGGGCCCUGAUGAGUACUUUUCUUCUGAUACCUAUGAUGAGGUUGAGGGUAGAGAACCAGGUGAGGACUCAGCCCUACUGCGUCCGGACGCUGCUGGCAGAAGAAAGCGCAAGCCACGCGGUGGAACCGGAAAUACCACGAGAACUGGAGCGGCUCUACUGUUACUCAAGUCUUUCGUUGGCACUGGGGUCUUGUUUCUGCCAAGGGCUUUCCUGAACGGCGGAAUGCUGUUCAGCAGUAUGGUCCUGCUCGGCGUGUCACUUCUCAGUUACUACUGUUUUAUCCUUUUGGUUAACACCCGGUUGAAGGUUGACGGCUCUUUUGGUGACAUUGGUGGUGCACUGUAUGGAAAGCAUAUGAGACGCAUUAUCCUUGGAUCUAUCGUGCUCAGUCAACUUGGCUUCGUGUCGGCAUACAUUGUUUUCACAGCCGAGAAUCUGCAAGCGUUUGUCUUGGCUGUCAGCGAUUGCAAGUCCUUCAUUGACAUCAAGUUCAUGGUGUUGAUGCAGCUGAUCAUCUUCCUUCCUCUCUCGUUGGUUCGCGAUAUUAGCAAACUCGGUUUCACUGCCCUCAUCGCGGACGUGUUCAUUCUUCUGGGGUUGAUCUAUCUCUUCUACUACGACUUCCUGACCAUCUCGACCCAAGGUGGUAUCUCCGACAUUAUAUCCUUCAACCCCUCCACAUGGACACUUUUCAUCGGAACGGCGAUUUUCACAUACGAGGGCAUCGGUCUUAUCAUCCCGAUUCAAGAAUCAAUGAAGCGCCCCCAACAGUUCCCCGGCGUUCUGGCAGGCGUGAUGGUCAUUAUCACGAUCAUCUUCCUCGGUGCUGGCGCUUUCAGCUAUGCAGCAUAUGGAUCCGCAACCAAGACGGUGGUCAUCCUCAAUAUGCCUCAAGAUGACAAGUUCGUAAACGCGGUCCAAUUCCUCUACUCAUUGGCAAUUCUUCUGAGCACACCGCUGCAACUCUUCCCCGCCAUUCGUAUUAUGGAGAACGAGCUCUUCACUCGCAGCGGAAAGUACAACCCCACGAUCAAGUGGAAGAAGAACUGCUUCCGUUUCUUCCUUGUCAUGAUCUGCUCGUUUAUCGCCUGGGGUGGCGCAGAAGAUCUCGACAAAUUCGUCUCGCUUGUUGGAAGCUUUGCCUGCGUCCCAUUGAUCUACGUGUACCCGCCUCUGCUGCACCUCAAAGCCUGCGCUCAGUCCCGCCGCCAGCAAAUCGCCGAUAUCGCACUCUCCAUCUUCGGAGUUCUUAGCUGUCUGUAUACAACCACCCUUACACUCAACAACUGGGUCAAUGGAGGAGACGUCAAGGCUCCCGGAUACUGUGACUCCUAAUUACCAAACUCUCAAACGCCAUAUAAAUUGUUACCCUCCUCCUUUGGAAUCGGCGCCUGGAUAUGAAUGACGGAUUCUACGAUGCGACACCAUCGUUGUUACGAUGACCUACCUACCCUGUACGUUGCUUGUUUGGUUACAUGCUACCCAGUAACCUUUGUUUGACUACUGAGCUGGCUUUUUGAACUGUAUUGGGUUCUUGGUUAGUAUAGUAGAUUUGGUAUAGACUAGAGAUGAGAUGAGAUUGCCACAAUAUAUAUAUCUCCUGUUACG